UCACAAUCAACAUCGCAUACUUCGUCGGCUACUGUAGGCGAUAGCGCUGAGCUACGCGACUGCAUAGCAGUGCUUCUUACCCGCGCGCGACACUCCAACGUGUUGAUAGAAUCUCGAGAAGACAGUCGCCAACCAUGUCCGAAAACAUACCAGAGUCUAUCCCCACCUCCAUUUCUUCACGAUCCAACCGGCCCACCAAGAAACGCGCUGUUGGUCCCGCAUCCGUACAAUCUCAACAAGUGGAAGCGCUCUUCGCAAACCCCGAUCGCGAAAUCAACAUCCCGAACAGCAGCUCCUCAAAACCCAAAACCCUCGCUGCCCCACCAGAAAUCGUCGCAAACGUCCAAGGUUCCUCUGCGGGAGCCGGAUCAGGCGAGUUUCACGUCUACAAAGCGAGUCGGAGGAGGGAAUAUGAGCGGCAGAGACUGAUGGACGAGGAGACAAAAGAGGAAGAGGCAGAGAGGGUGUUCAGAGAGCGAAAAGAACAGAGGGAGAAAGAGGAUAGAGAAAGGUUGGAGAAGAAUCGGGCGAAGAGAGAGAAGGCUAAAGCACGAAAAGGGAAGAAAGGUGGGAAAGCAGGUGGGGAUGAUGGGGACGCGGGAGAGAAGAAGCGAUUAGGUCCUGCGAAGAUUGGGGCGAGAGAUCGCAGUGGGACUGAAGAGAAUGGGACGGAGGACGGUGAUGGGCAGAAGCCUGGAGAGAAUGGCCAGGAAGAGACCGGGAUUGUUGUUCAUGACGACGAUUGAGGGGACAUGGCUCAAACCGUUGGAAGGACGGCUAUCUGGUUGUCAAGAAAUGCUACAACGAAGCCUCAGUCGACACGGGGUAACGCAAAGCCGUGAUGAAGACAUGAUUUACGCGAUCGGAGAGGACAGUCUAUUCCCUAGGAGUCCGAAUAGAACGCACUAAUAGGCACUUCCCUCAGA